CAGAGAGAGAGAGACACGUGCCGCGAUAUUCAAUUUACAGCAGGUUUCUGUCUACAUUUUCUAACAUGUGGAAGAUUAAUAACUGCUCUCCGGGACGUUUGGUCAGGACUUCAAACUAAAACUCUGCGCGCGGACCGGAUAAAGAGAGGAGAGGACAGAGAGACAGAAACACAGAGAGACAGAGACAGAGAGAAGAUCUGGAUAGAGAGAGACAGAAACACAGAGGAGACAGAGAGACUCUGGAAACCGGAGACAGAGAGAAGAUCUGGGGACAAACUGAGCCGCACAGAUGGUGUUUCUGUGGGACGCAAAAUACGACCCCGCCCCUGGCCGGCGGUACACCCCCCCUUCCACCACGCUGGCCUCGGGGGGGAAGAUGGCUGAGGCGCUGCCUCUGGGCGCUGCGCAGGACAACGCCGGAGGCGGGUCUUCACUGGCGGGGAAACUACGCCUGGCCGAGCGCGGCAUGGUGGAGGUGAUCUCGGACCAUCCAGGUGAGCUGGUGAAGACGGACAGUCCUAACUUCCUGUGCUCCGUCCUGCCGACACACUGGAGGUGCAACAAGACGCUGCCCAUCGCCUUCAAGGUGGUUGCCCUGGGUGACACACCUGAAGGCACCUUGGUAACGGUGAUGGCGGGAAACGAUGAGAACUGCUCAGCCGAGCUUCGCAACGCCACGGCUGCCAUCAAGAACCAAGUGGCCAGAUUCAACGAUCUGCGCUUUGUCGGCCGCAGCGGACGAGGAAAGAGUUUCACUCUUACCAUCACUGUGUUCACCAACCCUCCUCAAGUGGCCACAUACCAGAGAGCCAUUAAAAUCACAGUGGACGGUCCGAGAGAGCCACGACGUCACCGUCAGAAGAUGGACGAAGUCAAACCUGGCUCCCUGGCUUUCUCCGAGCGGCUAACAGAGCUGGAACAGCUGAGACGGGGCUCGAUGAGGGUGACGCCCCCUCACCACCAUCACCAUCAACACUCGGCCAACACUCGCCAAUCUGCAGCACUGAACUCCGCCCCCUUCUCCAGCCCGACACACGCUCAGAUAACUGCCGACUCCAGACAGAUGCAAUCGUCUCCGUCCUGGUCCUACGACCAAUCGUAUCCCUACCUUGGCCAGAUAACCACGCCCACCGUCCACACAGCCAAUCCCCUCUCACCUGGUCGAUCCUCGCUCAGUGACCUGUCCUCACGACUCUCAGGUCCUGAGCUCACAGCGUUUGGUGACCCGAGGAUGACGUUAGAACGACCUUUCCCCUCCCUGCCUGACUCUCGUUUCUCCGACCACCGGGUGCACUACCCUCCCACUGCGGCCGCCUUCACUUACACACCGCCUCACAACGCCGUCUCCAGCGGCGCCCUCGGCAUCACCAUGGCGACGGCCAUGGCGACCACCCCAGCAGGGAGGUACCACACUUACCUGCCUCCUCCGUACCCGGCAAACAAGCCUCACCAGGCGCAAAGCUUCCAGUCCACGUCCUCGCCAUACCACCUGUACUACUCCACCGCCGCCGGCUCCUACCAGUUCUCUAUGAUGGCCGGGGGGGCCAGCGGUGACUCACGCUCCCCUCCAAGGAUCUUGCCACCCUGCACCAACGCCUCCACGGGCUCUGCUCUCCUGCACCCCUCGCUGCCCAAUCAGAACGAAGUAGUCGGUGUGGAGGUGGAGUCCAGCCACAGCAGCUCACCGACCAACAUGGCCGCAGCUGAAGCUGUAUGGAGACCGUACUGAAACCCUAAAGCUGGAGACUGUACUGGACCCCUAACCCUGGAGACCAUACUGAACCGCUAACCCUGGAGACUUUACUGAAGACCUAACCCUAGAGACCGUACUGAACCCCUAACCCUGCAGACUGUACUGAACCCCUAACCCUGGAGACUGUACUGAACCCCUAACCCUGCAGACCGUACGGAACCCCUAACCUUGGAGACCAUACGGAACCCCUAACCCUGGAGACUAUACUGAACCCCUAACUCUAGAGACUGUACUGAACCCCUAACCCUGCAGACCGUACGGAACCCCUAACCUUGGAGACCAUACUGAACCCCUAACCCUGGAGACUGUACUGAAGACCUAACCCUGGAGAGCGUACUGAAGACCUAACCCUGGAGAUCGUACUGAACCUCUAACCCUGGAGACUGUACUGAAGACCUAAGCCUGGAGACCGUACUGAACCCCUAACCCUGGAGACCGUACUGAACCCCUAACCCUGGAGACCUUACUGAACCCCUAACCCUGGAGACCUUACUGAACCCCUAACCCUGGAGACUGUACUGAAGACCUAACCCUGGAGACCAUACUGAACCCCUAACCCUGGAGACUGUACUGAAGACCUAACCCUGGAGACUGUACUGAAGACCUAACCCUGGAGACUGUACUGAAGACCUAACCCUGGAGACUGUAUUGAACCCCUAACCCUGGAGAACGUACUGAACCCCUAACCCUGGAGACUGUACUGAAGACCUAACCCUGGAGACUGUACUGAAGACCUAACCCUGGAGACUGUACUGAAGACCUAACCCUGGAGACCGUACUGAACCCCUAACCCUGGAGACUGUACUGAAUCCCUAACCCUGUAGACUGUACUGAAGACCUAACCCUGGAGACUGUACUGAAGACUUAACCCUGGAGACCGUACUGAAGACCUAACCCUGGAGACUGUACUGAAGACCUAACCCUGGAGACUGUACUGAAGACCUAACCCUGGAGACCAUACUGAACCGCUAAACCUGGAGACUGUACUGAAGACCUAACCCUGGACUGAACAUCUAACCAACAGAAACCCAGGAGAACCUCACUGGCCCCAACCUCAACGAUCCAACAUGGCGCUCUGUGUAUAUUGUUUUUAUUAAUAAAAUGGUUGAGUGAUUUCCCCAAAAAGCUGAUGGAAGAUAUAUCAGAUACAGUCCGUGUUGGUUUAUGUCUGCACAUGGGACUUAUAUAUAAGAAUUAUAUUGAAUAUUUACAGAUUUAUCCUUCAAGAGAGAGUCUGGGUGUGUUUCAUACACACCGGUUGUUGCAUGUGAGACAAUAGACUGUCUUAUGUUUGACCUGAGAGAAACCCUCCAGCAUUCUCACCCUAUCCCGCCUCAUUGUCACAUUUUCUCAGCUACAUUUCACUGUAAAGACUGCUAAACUUAACUGUCAUGUGACCGGCCGGCAGUCGCUUAAUUUUGUAGGAUAUCAUACAAAUUGUUGUAUCAUGGGAAUGCGGUUACAGUGAGAAGGGAGGAAAUGUCAGGACACAUGCUACUAUCAGUUAGCAGUGGUGUUAAUUGUCACCUAUCGAUGCAGUUCCCUAGGUGUUACUUGGGUAAACUGCAUCUCAGGAAGUCUGCUGACUCAUUAUUUUUUUAUAUAUGUGCACUGAUAUUUGGAAAAACUUUACGUCAUCACUUGACCAGGAGUCGGACAAGUGAGUCAUCCUGAUAAAAAGCCGUGACUGGACCUAACAGAGGAGCUUCUACUGAAUGGAAGCACUCCAUACGGACAAACUGAGGUUUUACAUACAGAUAAAUGUAGGUUUUACGAACCGAUAAACGGAUGUAGUACACUGACAAAGCGCAUGCAGCAGCACUGGACUGAUCUGGAGUCAGUUUCCUUUGUAAAAUAACAUGAAUAUUGUUGAUGUUAGUGUAGUCUACAGAUGAUUAUGAUGGCCUGUUUGUUUAUCUGUCCAUCUUUCCAUGGUUUAUUUUAACUCUUGGGUGAUAUUUUUUACUAAACUCAGCCCAAAACAAAGAAACACGACGACUUCACUCACUUUGGGCCCAAAUCAAACAAAAAUGGUGACAUAAUAAACCAAAAAUUCAUUAUUUAUUACAGACGGUCUGAACUGACAGACUGACAGACUGUCCACGGCGACAAACCAUUACAGCAUGGAGUUUUAAAAAACGCUUUAAUUUAUUCCUACAAUACCAUUUGUUGGUAGCAUUUUAAGUAUGUGUGUUGAUCUGUACUGUAUAUAACCAUAAAUGAUACCUGCAUAUGGUCAUGUUUUCAUCCUCUCUCUCUCUCGUUGUCUCUCUCACACAAUAAUUUACUUUUCAUGUUGUUGAUGUUCCACAUCUGGUUUUGAUUAAUAUAAACCUUCUUGCAAAGAAAAUA